AUAAAUUGGUAAAUAUAAACAACGUGCGUUUGAAGCCGAUUUAUUAUUUUAAGCUAUAAAGUACAAUAAUUAACAGUUUUAAGCCAUGAAAGGUGACGCAGAUACAAGCAAAGUCAAAUUGGAAGACAAUUACGACGAAAAGAUUCUCAACAUCAAUAAAAUUUCAAAUCCAUUGGCAUCAAAGAAGUUGGCUAAAAAGGUUUACAAGCUUAUUAAAAAGGCAUCAAAAGAGCGUACAAAGAAUAUCAUUAAUGGAUUGAAGGAUGUACAGACAAGAAUCCGAAAAGGUGAACGUGGAAUUGCAAUUUUUGCUGGUGAUGUCUUUCCACUUGACAUCGUUUGCCAUCUUCCAGCUGUUUGUGAGGAAAAAGAUAUCCAAUAUUGCUACACACCAAGUCGACAGGAUUUAGGAACAGCUAUGGGCGUUAAGCGUGGAUCCAUUGUUCUCAUGAUUCGUAAAAAUCCAGACUACAAAGAGCUAUUUGAUGAAGUUAAGGAAGAGAUAAAGAAACUUCCGACACCUUUUUAAUGCUGAAAUUUUAUAUGAAUUAGACAUUAAGCCUUUUUUUUCUUCACAAAUACAUUUAUUUUCAAUGAAAAUAACAACAAUUUGUUUUCUG